ACAAACAAUACGAGACUGGAAUAGAAGGGAGAACCGAUAGAGGUACUCAAGGUACCCUCCGCCACACACCGUCAGGUGGCUUGCGGAGUAUGGAUGUAGAUGUAGAUGUAGAUUCUGUGGGAGCCCUCUCAAUUUGUGUGUGUGACACAAUAACAAAUUAAUUGCAGAAUAUAUUAAAAUCUGUAUGUUUUCAUAACUUAGGGUAAAUGAAAAAUAGUUCUGAAUAGCACAAGGUAACUGUCAAAGUCUGUUAUAUUGUUAUCGCAUCUAAGCUACACAGAACAUACCAGUGGUGCAGUAAAGCUUGCACCACCUGCAUGUAUUAAGCUACUAGGUGGUGGAGAAGAAAAUGGGGGUUGAUGCUGUGAGUGUAAGAGAAUGCAAUGUCAUAGCCUACUUGAUCUAAUGAUAUAAAGGUAUCAUACUGAACUAACUCUGAUAGAGAGCCUUGGAAGUCCGAUAUCAUAAAUAAAUUUUUGCAGUAGUUUAUUUUUAUUUGUACACACACACCUUCAAAUACUUCCUUCUGAAGCUGUGACUUGGCUGAUCUAUCAAGGUUAUCCUUAGGCGUUUCAUAGCCCAGUGCAAUAAGUGAAAGAUUAGUCCUACAAAUGAUAAUACUCAACCACACUGAGCUUGUAUCAUGGACAAAUAUACAUACAAGGAGAGGACGCCUAUCCAUCAUUGCCGAAUUCGUCCAAAUUCGUGGUACGUCUUCGGCGAGGUGAGACAUAAUGGUGCCCCAAGUGGGAACUUCAGAUGGCCAACUGUUUAGGAAAUAAAAGGAUUUUGAUAUGGAUCUAACAUCCUGUGCGCCUUAUCAAUUGUCCCUGUGAUACUGUGUUCAGGAAGUGAUGUUUGGUUAAGCAGUAAGAGAACGGAUUCAUAUUGAAAGGGUUGUCGGUUCGACUCUAGCCAGUGGCAGGUAUUUUUGUGGUCCUUGGCAACACGUACAUUACUGACGUCACAAUUAACUGCACCGUCGUAUAGGUUAUUUUGCAUUUCUGUUUGCACAACAUCAGCAUGGGACGUCAGUCUUUAAAACAAGCGCAUUAUCUUGCAAACUUGGAGUUGUGAACAGUCCAUAAGGUGCAAACACGAAUAAUCAUAUACAGUGAGUUUAAUUUGACCUUGGUGGUACUGUCGGCACAAACACCCCCGACAAUGCCGGCCUGAACGACAGGCAGGUAUAUAAAGGUCGCCACCAGACAACAGAUCACCACCAUCAUACAUUCAGGUUCCGUGUACAUACUGUGCUGCUGAUUGUAUACUGUGCUACGUGUACUGGACUCUUGCUUGUGGAUACUUGCUGUGGUCGUGGUGAUUUUCAUGCUUAUUAUGACCGUGCUUUGAACAGGUAUCGCUGUUUGUGUCGUGAACUUUGCCAUUGUCAUAUCCAUUAAUUGUCAGACAAUGUCUUGUUGUAUUGAUUUACAAUAUUUAAGGGACAACACUAGCCAGGUAACUCAUUCACCUGCUUGCUCUUGACCAGGUAAUGUUAAUAUUGCGAGAUUAGUGUGUGAAUAUUCUGGGAAAUAUCGCAAUCAUUGCAGACAAAACAACUGUACCUGAGAACAAUGGAGGAAAAUACUGUGGAAAGAUCGAAAAUGUUGGACAAAAGGGAAAAUCAUAACAUGCCUCGAACAUUGGUAGAUAAAGAAAAGGAGCCAGAAGAUAAUAGCCUCCACAGUGAUCCAUCAGAGCGACGAUUGAAGACUGUGCAGGAUUUAUGUUUGCAGCAUUUGACCGAAGAGGAUCUGACCACAUUAGGAAGUUCCACAGUAAUAACCGAAGAACACAUUCAAAUGGCAAAUAAAAUACACCGGAAAAUACUAGACAUUUUGUCGGAAUAUACAUUCUUGUGCGAUCAGGAGUUGAUUCGAUGCGACGACAUUUCCAAAGAAUGUGAAUAUGCAGACAUGAAGGGUGGCAUUACAUCAGGUGAUGACUAUGAAUCCAAUCUUAAAAAAUGAAAGAAGAUCCAGUAUCUGUUCCACUGGAUUACAAAAUAAUGAUGGUUAAUCUUGCAAAAACAUGUCCAAAGUGGAAGUUGAAGAGUCUGCAAACAGAAGGUGCAUCUCGCUUGAAGCAUAUGCAGGAUUUGAAAAUUUGGGAAGAACAUAUUAAACAGGGUGGAACUCCGAACAACAAAUAUCACAUAAUUUAUUCCUGGUCAUAUUAUCACUUCGUAGAAGCAUGUAGCUGUAACCAACAAGUCACUACUAGAAACUUGCAACAAUGGGAAUUUGCUGCUGUGAUGCAGUUUCCAGAUAUGGAAGUGAAAGCUUCAGCAACUUGGGUCAAGGGGUUUAAACAAAGACAUAAAAUUGAACAGAGUAAGGUUACAAAAUUUGUAUCGGGAAGAGAGACUGCUACUAUUGAGGAAACACCUGCUGUGGCAGAGAAUUUUCGUCACCAGACUCGAGCUCUUAUCCCCAACUACAACAACUUUGUUAUCUACUCCGAUCAGACAGGCUGCCAGCAUCAGUCGACAUAUGACCGAACCCUAGAACACCAAGGGUCAAAAGAGUAAAUUUCUCAUGCUGACUGCCAACUCUUCAGUGGGGCUCCUGCUACUUCUACAACACAAAGAUAUCAUAACUAAACUUUUCCAACAAAAUAUUAAUGAAAUUCCAUCCUUUACUUCAUAUUUCUUAUCUUCAGUUAUCCCCAACAUUUGCAAUGCUCUGGAUGUUACUGUGGAGAUCUGCUUAUUGUUGUCUCAGUUGUCAUGGUGCAUUGAACGAAAUGAUGCAAGGUUGUGGAAUAAGAAACAGCAACAACUGCUUAAUGCUGUCUUUUCUACUGCCACAACACUAACAGGAGCAAAAGGCAUCUUGGAUGUACCACCAGAAAAAUUAGAGACAGUGCCAGAAGAUAAUGUAUUUCCAUACAAGCAAAUAUCAGAGUUAAUUUCUCUGGAAGAUAGAACAGAACCUUGGCAUAGUUUAUGCUUGUGGAUGUUACAAGGAUUAAAUGCAAAUCUAGACGUUUGUUUGCAUAUAGAAACAAAUUUUGGGAUAGAGAGCAAGCUUCUACAGCUGCAAGAGGAAAAUGCUAGAGCAAAGAGUGAUAUUAAUCAAGAUUUGUUGAAACCUAAUAAGUUGCACAUUGUUGUUGACAAGUGCAGUCUCUUACGGCAUUGUAUUCUAUUUCGCCUUUAUGCACCAAGCGGACCAAAUGAAUGUAUUGCUGUAUCCUGCAAUGAAAUCAAGAGGACCAGUGAUGAAAUUGUAGCUGAACUCAGUACAGUUCCUUUUCUGGACUUUCAAAGGCAUCUUCCAUCACCUGAAUCCCAAGAAACUAGCCAACAUGAAGACAAAAGUGAGUUACAAAGGGUACUCCAAGAUAAAGGACUGCAUGACAGUCAAUGGUUACAGCAAGUACGCAGAGCUUUUAAGGCGUCAUCUGAAAAACAUAUAAACGGUACUGUUGUCCACAGAAUUGUAGGAAAUUUGUCUGAAUACUAUGGAAACUCUAUACCAAGUAUUGAUUGGAGUAGUUCUGCAGAUCAUAGCUUAUGGCCAGAGGAACAGCUUGGGAUUCGUAUGACUGUGAGAUAUGGCAUAGCAGUGAAACUUCUGGAUUCCCAGCAACAACAUGAACGUAAUAUUACUCUUAUGCUCAGAGCUGGUAUUACUCGAAAUAAAUUUGAGUUCCAAAGAUUUGACUGGUUUGCAGCAUCUGUAUAUAUACUGUGCUCUGGUAAUAUGGAGAGAUGUAUCCAGUUCUUGGGAAAUGCAGCUAACCUACCAUGUUCACCUUUGAUUUGGCCAGCAAUGGCUGAACAUAUUGGAUAUUCAAAUAUUAAUCUUGCAUUCUGCCAUGUCUUGGAAUACACAGCAGAUAGAGAGAUUCCUGAAGUUUGUGCAGCAAUGAAAAUGUCGAACGUACCAUGGGCACAAAUUUGUUAUUCAUGGGUUGCCCAGAAUUUUUGGUCUAUACUGGACUGGGCUCAGAUCUGUCAGUGGCUACUACUGUGCAUGCUCUAUCCACCAGAAAUUAUUGUUUACUUUUGUGUCAGUUUAAUCCAUCAUAUACAAUCACAUAUAUUAGAUGCUGCAGCCUGUGGCGAAAUUUGGAACUGCCUAAAGGACCCUCCAUUUUCAAAAUAUAAAGUGAUUGAAAAUAUACAUUACAUGGAGAAACUAUUGAAGAACUAUCAAGCAGAUUCAUUAACAGAAUUACUCAAAUACACAAAGUUAAGCAAUAAAGAUGUAUAAGAUGCACCAAUAAUAAAAAUUAUGGAAUUU